CGCGGAGCCCCGGCAGCCCGGAGCCCUCCCGCUUCGUCCGCCUCGCUCGGAGUAAUGGCGGCGCUGACCAAGGUGGCCGGAGCCUCCACCCUCCUGGUGGUCUUGUGGGCUGGAGUCUGCUCAGCAGUCUGCGUUGAAGUCCCAUCCGAGACUGAGGCGGUCCAGGGAUCUCAGAUGAAGCUCUUGUGUAUCGCUUGCAUGAAGAGAGAAGAAGUCACUGCCAAUACUGUGGUGGAAUGGUUCUAUAGGCCUGAAGGAGAAGAAACCGAUGACCUCAUUUAUGUGUUCGAGAAUGAGAAAAAACUGACACCACCACUGAGCCGCUUCCAUGGGCGGCUGAUGUGGAACGGGAGCAAAGACAUGCAGGACGUGUCCAUCUCCAUCCACAACAUCUCCCUGAAUGAUUCGGGGGUCUAUACCUGCAAGGUCAACAGGACGUUUGACUUCGACAUCCAUCACCACACCGUCAUCACCUCCACACUGAUCCAUCUCACAGUCGUGGAGGAGGCUGGAGAAGACUUCACAUCGGUCAUCUCGGAAAUCAUGAUGUACAUCCUCUUGGUCUUCCUCACCUUGUGGCUUCUGAUAGAGAUGGUUUACUGCUACAGGAAGGUCUCCAAAGCAGAGGAGGCGGCCCAGGAAAAUGCGACUGACUACCUCGCGAUCCCGUCAGAAAACAAGGAAAACUGUGCUGUACCUGUGGAGGAGUAGCAGGUGAAGCCCCAGGGUAUGGUUUGCAAC